UUUCUGGUAGUGGUUGAAGGAGGGGUCCUUUCUGCCAAACCAGCAGCAAUGGGGCGAAUUAUAUUAGCUGUAAGCUGUAACUACAACUUCGAAAAUUAGGCCGGAAGUUGACCUUCAGAAGAAGUGUGUGUUAUUUAACAAUACUAGCAUCAAAUAAAUGGUAGGAGAGGACUGAUGAACUGAAAAAGAUUUUGGAAGAAGUGUUUGUGACCUAAUCUAGGUACUACCCUGGAAUUUUCCCGACCGGUCUGAGGAAAUUAUGUUACAGGAGUGUUUGAUAAGGCUGUUCUCAUGCUCCUUGUGUUCAUCGUGGGGUGGGUCACCAUACUCGUGGGACUGUGGGAGUUAACAAAACAAGAUGCCUACCUUACUCAUAUAACCAUCCACACUGACCGCCUGCUACACAGAACAGAUGAACACUUCCUGAGUGUUGCUCUCGACACGUCACAGAUUCAAAAUGGCUGGAUCCACAAGAACAUCAAGUCAGACAUGCUGCUCAAGUUGGCAGCACAGCUUGCACCAGCAUAUCUCCGUAUAGGGGGCACACUGGCAGACAGACUGGUCUUCCAGCCAGACUGGAGCUACAGUCCGGUUAAACACAAGUCCAACAUGUCGGACGGUGGCACAUGUUCAUAUGAAUCGAAGGGGUGUGCAUUCCGUAACAUAAGUUUUUUUAACAUGACAGGAAGUGACUGGACAGCACUGAACAAAUUUGCUCAAGCUGCAGGACUUGACCUGCUGUUUGACUUGAACGUACUGCUUCGGAAUGGAACUCAGUGGGAUAGCUCCAAUGCAAGAGUGUUGCUUGAAUAUUCUGACAGACACAGAUUCAAUAUCAGCUGGCAGCUUGGAAAUGAGCCCAAUGCAUUUGGCCAUGUGUUUGGUAUUCCAUUAUCUGGGAAUCAACUUGGGCUCGACUUUAUGGAGCUGCGUCGUCUUCUGAGUUCAUACCCCCGUUACAGUGAGUCACUACUUGUGGGGCCAGAUGUGACCCGUCCGAUACUACAUCAGACAGGGGAACAACCUAUACCAUAUCUCACGAGCUUCCUAGCACAGGCUAUCAGUGUCAUCAGUGCCAUCACAUGGCACCAGUAUUAUCUGAAUGGAAGGAAAGCCAAGCUGAAGGACUUUGUCAGCCCAGAUGUACUGAACAUGCUGCCAUGCCAGAUCUCAGCAGUGCAGAGUGCAACUGCAGGGGUAGAUCUCCCCAUGUGGCUCAGUGAAACAGGGUCAGCAUAUGGGGGAGGUGCCCCUGGACUUUCAGACCGCUAUGUAGCUGGGUUCCUAUGGCUGGACAAGCUUGGGAUGGCAGCCCGCCUGGGGGUUGAUGUAGUGGUACGACAGUCACUUUCAGGUGGGAACUAUGGACUGCUGGACCCAGAAAUGGAGCCUCUGCCAGACUGGUGGGUAUCAGUGCUCUACAAGAAGUUGGUUGGACUGGGCGUGUUGAAUGUGGUUGGAGACCACAUCAUAGAAACAUCCUGUCCAGGUGAACAAGGUCACAUACGUCUGUACUGUCACUGCGCACGUCAGAGAGGCGCAGUCACACUGUUUGGGGUGAACAUCAUGAACAGAAAGAGCCAAGUCACGGUGACAGGGCUGCCAACGUCAGACAUUGUGUUGGCAUAUGUGCUGACAGCUGACAUCCUCAGGUCAAGACAUGUUCUUCUGAAUGGCAGGGAACUACAUCUGAAUCCAGAUGGAUCACUGCCUCCAUUUGAACCAAAAUACCUGAACAUCAGCAAGCCUCUGUUCAUGCCUGAAUUCUCUAUGGCAUUCUGGAUAAUACAGGACGUGCAUGCUGUUGCGUGUGAGGGUCAGUGAAUCUGAAACGUGUGCCACUAUGAGGAAUAGAAAUGUGUGCCAGCACACCAGUGAUCUCUUCUUUGGUUGCUUUAACAAAUCUUUGGAAUUCUAUAUGUGGGUACACUCCAUCUACUGCGGGAAUAAAUGGGUGUCAGUCAGUGAUGCACACCAUUAUACAAUCAUCGGAAAGACACGAAACUUCAAGAUACUUCCAGUAUUCAUAAGUAUGCUGGUGGGAAACUCAGACACGCUUACACCAGACUUUUCUUCUGUUAGGUUGCUACACAAGAUGUACCUUGGUUCACAGAGAAGAUGGACUUUAUUAAGUAACCAACUCCUUGGUACAUGAUGAUGCUGACAGUUCAUAGCUUCUGUGAGAUUCAUCACAGAAUUUUAUAGUGGAUCGGUAUCAUCUUUUUCAUACCUUCACAACCUGUUUCUCUGCAUUAAUUUUAAUAUCAUUCUUCCAUCUAUUUUUCUCUACCCACUCAUCUUCUUGCUUUAACUGUCCAGUAAGGAUACUGUGUUCAUUUACUGCUCCUCUCUCACAUGUAGCAUGACUUUUCCAUUGCAAUCAUAACGAUUUUAUUACCCUAAAAAUUCUAAAAAUACUCAUGACCUCUGCUGGGUCCAGAUAUCACCUGUAAUAUCCAUCAGUUUGUGUGAUGUUCUCACCACGCAGAAAGAAGCGGACAGUGUAGACUUAACUAGGAUGGUACAUGAGAUGUGUGUGCAGGCACUGUUCAUCUCCAUUAUGCAGGACACAGAAUGUGAGGGCCUGCACCUCCUGUCUAUGUGCUCAACCACUGAACAUACAUCUUUGUGAGCAAACAUUUGCAUAAAAAGUAGUAUGUCAGUUAGGACUUAGCAGAGUAAUAUAGAAAUUAAUCUGAUGAUUGUCAUGAUGGAGAAAGAGCAACAGAGAGCAUACCCCGAGCAAACAGAUGACAAAACAUCUCCAGAAAGAACACUGCACUGUAACAGGUCAUGCGUUGAAUGUCUGAGAGUUCUUGUUUUGGAUAUUACACAUUCUGCAGCAUUAUGAGGGUGCAUGCUAAAUAGUA